CUUCGGAAUUCUACUUUCUCCUUUGGAUUUUCCUUUUCUUCUGGAAGCUUGGAAGUUCCUCCUGGAUUGCUUGCAAUAGGAUCAAUGCCCACGGUGCUGGCUGGAUUUACUUUUGCCGGAUUCUGCAGGCCUCUAACAGUGUUUUUUUUGAACCUAUCUGUAUCUCAUUUUUUUCCUGCCUGUCUUUUUUUUUUUUCUCUUGCUUCUUUCUUUCUUUCUUAAGCAAGUAUUCAUUGCUCUUGUUGCAUCUGGUAUCUGUUUAUUUACCGAUUUCCGGACGUAUAUCGCUGCAUUAUGAGCCCUGAAAACAUGGCACAGCCUGGAUUUGCUUACAACAUGCCUUCCGCUACCAACAACCACUGGAAUCCGCCUCGCAGCCUUUUCGCUGAGCCAUACAACGGCGGCAGACUUGCUGGCAGUCUGUAUCCAAUUUCUAGCAUGAACCUCACGACCAGCACCUAUCCCUGGGCUGAUAGCCCUCCCGCGCCUCCGAACGCAAACUUUUCGAGAAUCGAUCCUCCAGUGUCGGCCCAGCAAUCCUAUGUCCCUCGCUCUCCACCCGGGGCAAACAGCGGCUCCAAUUCCAUCUAUCCCGGACCGGUAUAUGGAUCUCACAAGCGCAGCAGAUCGUCUGCCUGGGAUGGACAGAGCAGAUAUUCACCAACAGGCUCAGUCGAUGAUAUCAUUGCCUCUCCAAGUCUGUCCGACUACUCUUUGGACAACGGGCUAGACUUUGGCAUCCCUACCAACAAGCCAAAGCAACAAAACAAUAAAGCUCGAUCGCAGCGACGACCGUCGAAUCGAGACGAAUUUGAUGGCCCCCAUCAAUUCUUACAGCGCCCACCACCAGAUGUUAUUGCUAUGCAGGAGAGAGAACUUCCGCAUCUGCCAACCAACCUUCACGUGCAGGAACAAGACAACGUUCUCAACCAGGUCAAUGACCGGUUGUCUCAAUGCGCCUAUGAUUUUGUGGCUAAAUACCAGUUUCCAAUCCCACUAACUCAAGACAUGAGGCCCGUAGAGAGGCCACAAGAUCGAGAGUGGACUGAGUGGGUCUACCUCUUAAAGAGACUUGCUACCAAACGACGCAUUCCGGCUCGAGUGCUAUAUAACGGACAAAUCAAGCAGUUUGUCACAAUACUCGAGAAUUCACUAGAGAUGCGGCAUGCUGCUAAGCAUCAGAGCCGCCCUCUGAAAGAUGAUCGCAACAUCCUCCAGCUCAUUUCGGCUGGUAUUCAGGUGGCUAAAAUCCUGAAAGAUGCGUCGGCGAUGGACUAUCUCGACCGACUAUACGUUUCAACGGAGAAGCAGAUACAGGAGCGUGCCAACGCGCGAUUCCGAUCUUAAAACUUCUUCGUCCCAUUUCCACCAGUCUCUUUUUGGCAUUAAUGAUCACGUUUAUUAUGAGACUGCAAAAUUUGAAAAUGACUGAUGAUUUUUUUUUUUUUACGUUUUCCGUUCGACAUAAAAGGAAAUAGGAGAA